CAUUCAGCACCAGGAGGUCCAUGAUGAACGGCACCCCGAAGCGGCUGCCAAUGAGAUGCAGCAGAAGUUAACUGAGAGAAGGGCGUUCCUAUGCAAGGAUGCGGGGUCGCCGUGUGGCGUGGCCCUCCUGCAGCUGCCUUUCCGCUGCCCCCGCUGCGGCGAGCGCCAAAGGCUCCGGGGCCUGUCUUCGCUGAGGGCGCACCUGGACUAUGGCCACGCCUACCACACGGUGCACAGCCUCAGCCCGACAUCCCGGUGGGACGCCGGUGACGAGCGGCGGGAGCGCGGGGAGCCCGAGGAGGCCAGCUGCACGGAGGAGUGCAGGAGCGCCGCGUCGGAGCCCACCGAGAGCGCUGGCAGGGAGAAGGAGAAGGCGGGCGCUGCGACGGAGGGCACUGCGGGGGAGCAGGAGGCGGAGCCUGUAGAGAGCGAGCGCCGGGGCAGCGCCGGGGGGUCUCUGAGCCUUCGGCUGACCCGGAUUGACCCCGCAGAGGCCUGUGCACGACGCGGGCUGGAUCAGGUGCUGAGGGUGACGGACAGCACCUUGGCCCGGCGCCUGCGCCGCGUGAGCACGGAUCUGGCCCAGGUGGACAUGGAGCUGCUGCACGCUCACGCCCGCUUCGAGCACCUGGCCCGAGAGAAGCAGCAGGUGCGGGAGCGCGAGAGGGCCCUCUGCAGGCAGGUGGAAACGGCCGUGAUGGAGAUCGGCCGACUGCGGGAGCAGCUGACGCUGUCGGAGCAGGAGCUGGAGAAGAAGCAGCUGGAGGUCGUCUCGAUUCACAAUUUUCUGGAAGCGGCCGCCCAGCAUGAGAUGUGUGGGAAAGCGCGUCUCCAGCGCUUCAUUGAGAACAUCCUUCAGCGGAUCGCCCUCGCCGAGAGGCUGCUCGAAUACUAUCAGAGUAUCGCCAACAUGCGCCACUGCAGAAACUAUUUGAUGUUCCAGCCUGUUGAGAACGGACUGAACGGCCUGAGCGAGAACAGGUCGGCGGGCCGCGCCGAGACGUCGGCCGUUUCCCCGGAAGGCAAGGCGCUCUCCGCCCAGAACGGAAGGUCCGUUCCCAGCUCCUCGAGAGGGAGGCAGGGCUCCGGGCCGAGCUGCUGCCAGUCCGACCACACGUGAGGGGGCUCGGACCCGGGUUCGAAAGAGGGCGGGCCUAUGAGGCUCGAGCCCUUAACCGGGGACCCGUUGUGUUCUGACUGAGCUGAUGUGUUCUUGCUGCUGCUGCUGCUGCUGGACUGAAGGCUGCGUGCGCUUGGAGAGCGAAGGACUGAGCGGGACACAGCAGGAGCGUGUCAGCGUAAAAAUACCGUAUCGCGUGGGAAUGUGAAGUACAUUAGAGUACACUGUCCAGUAAAAUAACAACGGUAGCUUUAGAUCGCACAUCCUCCUCUUCAGCCAAAGGCAAUACGUAGCGGUUACCGCGUUUUAAAAUAUUUAACUCAUGUCCUCUCGUGUGCGUACCCGUGGUGGUGGGAUCAUGACAUGAAGUUGAGGUGCGUGGGAUUUUUUUUUUUUUUUCCCCCAUUAACCCUAAAGACGUACAGGAGGGGGGGGUCAUAUAGAUUUUUUUUUAGAGCAAACAUAGGCAAACACUUUCUUUUUAUGCCAAAGGAAUAAAUGAGUGAGAAAAUUUUAAUUUCCUUCACGUUAAAUUGCACUUCCGCUGCUUACGGUGUCACGGGUUCCGCGACAAAUUUGUUUUCUGCGAAUUAAUUCUCGUGCCGCAGACCGUGCGACGAAACCUCCAGAAGAAUUUCCAUGUCCCGUACGGAUAGUUUUAACUAUAUAAAUUGUCGAACAGGUUGUGCGGGACAGCUGGUCCCUAAUAACACGUUCAAGUUGUAGUUCAUGUUUAAUAUCAAUAUUAUAACUGUGAAUGUUUAUAUUGCAUUGUUUUAAAAAAAAAAAAAAAAAAAUGGAGCGUAAAUAACCUCGAUCCUCACGUUAAUUGCGUUUCCUCGACAUUUGUACCUUCGCGCGAGUGGGAUUCUCCAUGAAUCGAGGUGGGUGGCGGUAUAAAGGGAGGGGGAGGAAAGGCGCGAAAUCCGUGCUUCCGGAAGAAUGCGGAAACUGCAUCGCGUGCCGUCCGCAGGCCACUUGUGGACGUUGAGCAAUAAUCCACCAUAGCUGGCGCCUUGUUUUAUUAACAGCUUGAGAGCUUCGCUCGGCCGGACUCGAGCACUGUAGCGCUGAACUCAUAACUCACCGAUGUUUGCUGAAUGUCCAUUCGGUCCAGUGUGAUACUGUGAUUUACUAAUUCGUGGAGAUUCCUGCAUCGUGAGCUUCUGUGCUGGUGUGCUGCAGUAAACUGAGAUACAUAUACAUACACACACACACACAUAUAUAUAUAUAUAUAUAUUUUUAGAAACCUAAUGCUUAUAUGCCCCAGAUGCAUGACAUAUAGAAUUAUUGCUGGAGUACAUGCUCUGCGAUUUAUACGCUCCGAUCUGUGUCAUGACAGAAAGUUGCACGAACCACUUUUUUAAAACCACAAGGUAUAUUUUCACGGCAAUGAAAUAUUAUGACAGCUGACAAUCAUCGUUUGUAGCCAAACUGACUGCAGGUGUGAGCUUAUGUGUAGUACAUGUAGACACUUGUAUUGACUGUAGUUUGAUAUCCGAGGUGUCGAGGAGUCCAGUCCCUGUAUAUCGUGUCGAAGGUGGUUUAUCGGUUGUGUGUGCCUUCACGUUCCAACACUGUAGCUCAUGACACACUGUGUUUACUGCAACGCUGUGGUAAUCUGUGGUACUCUGUGAUAUGAAGAAUAAACUUUGAGACUGGCGAACCCAGCUGCCCAUCUGCGUUGAGAGACUGUGGCAUCGCAUCUCUUUGACCCUCUUGAUAUUUGUUCCUUCUUCGCUUCGCUCAAUACGCCAUCCUUCCGCCAUCAAUUGCCGCUGGUCCAGCACAGGGUCCCGGUGAUCCGGAGCCUGUCACGGACACAUAGGGUGUGAGGCAGGGUGUACCGUGGCCUGGA